UAAGACUACUUCGAAUGAUGCACUCAUACAGAAMUCUUUAUUCAAAGGAACGAUGAUAAGCUUCCAAGAAUCCGUGGAGACAUUGUUUACGGGAAUCUUUGGGUGUGGUAGAAGUUGCAACUAYCCCGACUUUUCUGAUUACAGCGACUGCAAAGAAAACCAGAACGAUGUCCAGAUUCGCUUUUCAUCAAAGCCAGAAAAAUAUCUGAACUCCAGUAUUAUGAUUACCAACGAAAAGAAUUGUUCGAUUCUGAACGAAACAGCUACAACAUGCCAAGACUCGUUCCUCAACGAGUCGACUUCCUCUCUCGAUAACAAUGGCAGCGUAGUGAUUGCGAGACUUCCUUUGCAGCCCCAGCAAGAGCCACCGCGGGUUCGACUGCACAAGAGGGAACUUGUGGCCAUUCCUCCCGGUGGCAGCAUGAAAAGCUGGUCACCAGUGAUGCCUCACUCCGUAUUGGCCGACCCGGUAUUUGUGUCGAAGAAGGAACACCAACGGGCACGCAUGCCCAUUAUAUCUCCCAUGGCACCUCCUAAGAUCCAAAGGCUAACGCUCGACGAUGCCCAGGCCUUUUCUGGCCAUCCUCGUCGCCAGCGCCACGACAACCGCACACCCRGCACCGCUACCAGCAGGAACAACUCGGAGGGCAUGAUGUACGACAUCGAUGGUCUGCCCGUCGAGGUCCCGGAAGCGUUUUCGAGGAGUCGAUCGCUGGACUUUUUGUUUUCGUUCCCGUCGVUCUCCCACAAGGAAAACGGGCCGCUUGGCGAUCUUUGUAUUGUAGAAGMGUGUGAUCGCYACCGCGACGCCGACCGUGCCUCGUAUCCGUCCUCUUGGCACUACCAAAAGCGUGGAAUGGUCGAGGACACCUCCGCCUAUCCGUACCCGCACAAAACUCGCAAACAAGAUGAAAGCAUCCUCUCGCAUCUCAACAGCACACACAUCACACUGUGAGAAACGGAAGAAAGCCACCSAAUGGAACCGAAAGAUAUCGGGCGAGGAUGGUKAGGCCUGAAGACCACGUGCCUUGCUUCGAUCGUCCCUGUUGCUUGGAUGCGAGUAUUUGAGCUAAAUGUUAUUUUAUGGACUGCUCAAAAAUACUAUAUCGCCCAUCCAAUCUACUGCGUCAUCGAAGUUUGAAUCGCUCUUUCGCUAGGCUAUAAAUUAAAUAUCGAAAG